GCCGGGCAGCAGACACAUACGUCCAAUCCAUAUGGCGGCCAUGAGAGGUGCCCAGUACCAAAACCACGAUCCACUAUAAUUAAACCAGUACUGAUCAUAGCUAGCAUAGCACUCUCCGGCAGUACAGUUGACUAGCUAAGCAAACAUGGGCAGAAAGGUGUGCAUCUGUCUUGCGAUCCUCGCGCUUGUUCUGCUCGCUGGCCCGGGAGCGAAGGCUUCACCCUUCGCCGGCGGCCCCGCCAGCAUGGACGCGGCGGUGGCGGUGCGGGAGCGGAUGUCGUCGAUGAAGCUGGAGGAUGGCGUGGCGCCGGAGCUCGCGAUGGACCUGGAGCUCCACCGUCGCAUCCUCGCCAUCAACGUCGGCCAGAGUGCCCUGGACGGCAACAGGCCGAGCUGCAUCAAAAACUGCCCGGCGAGCGGCGGCGCGUACACCGGCCGGGGCUGCCUCAAAAAAUACGGAUGCAACGGAGGAAGCUGAAUGCAACGGCACUGCCGUCGCCGUACAUGAGUAUUGGUCUUCAUGUUCUUUUUUUCAUUUCCACUUUCGUAUGCAUUUCAGUACUCUGUGUCGAUUCUAUCGCUAUGUACCUUCAAAAAAAAUUAUUGUUCUAGGAUGAUACGUCUUGAAGUAUAACUUGGCAUAUGAAGUCUUGUUAUACAAUAUUGUGAAGUGGCAGUGAUCGUGUCAUCCGGACUGAUUAAGUGAUUAUCCAUUCAGUGUUGUAUGCCUUACAUCCAUUCUGUGGUUAAACACAAGUGGAAAAAAUGACCCACUUUUGCAUAA